AUGGCCAUGCUGUCCUUUGUGCCCUUCAUGGUGAUGGCGGCAUUGGGUCAGGAGACCGUGGAGACUCCUGUGCCCACUCCACCUCCGGAGCCCAUCCCGGCGCCGCGUGUGUUGUCUUCGACCCCGGAGCUGACAGGAGACGAGCUGAUUGCAGCCCAUCGUCAACAGUACUUGUCCACCUUGGCUUCUGCAGGCAUCACUGGGAGGAAGGGCGCUUGGCUGUACGGGGACUACCUGAACGAUGUUGAGGGUGUCCACACGGCCGUUGGUUGCGCGCAGGCUUGCCAAGCGGAUGCCAAGUGCUACCACUGGAACUUUCAGGUUGAGCGGGCCAGGUGCGACCUGAAAGCUGAGAAUGGAGGCAUCAACGAGGACAUCAGUGAUUGGAUCAGUGGUGAUGUGCCGAGGGCAAGCAAGAAGCCCGCCGACGAGAUCUAG